AUGAGUGUCCAACCGAUACCAAUAGCUACCGUGGCAAUAGAUAACAUCUUUGUUAUUGAUGAAACAAUUCAGCAACAAUUUGAAGAAAUCGCCGUUCGUCGCCUUGUUCGAAAGCUUGAUUGGCGACUCAUUCCAUUUAUUGUUCUUAUCGAAGUGAUAUCAUACAUGAACCGAAUCAGUACUGGUCAUGCGAAACUGAUGGAAAUCGAAAGCGAUCUGAAUUUGUCAGAAUAUGAGAGUAAUUUGGAUAUUUCACUCUUUUUUCUGGCCUAUAUGAUCUUUGCAAUCCCUAGCUAUUUUCUCAUGCGCUAUCUUGGCGCGACUCGUUACCUGUCAUUGAGUUUGCUUGCAUGGGGUAGUAUCACUGUUGGUUUGGCUUUCGUAAGAAAUGCUCGAGAACUAUUGUCUGUUCAAUUUCUUCUCGGUAUGACUCAAGCAGGCUUUUUUCCCAGUAUUGUCAUAUAUUUCUCAUUCUGGUAUCGUAAACGAGACCAAACUAUGAGAAUAGCUAUUCUUUUUGGAGCUGCUAUCAUUUCCAGUGCUUUGAGUGGUAUUCUGGCGUAUGGUUUCACAUACCUGGAUGGUACUCGUGGUCUGAAUAGUUGGCAGUGGAUGUUUUUGCUUGAAGGUUUGCCGAUGAUUCCUCUCGGUAUCAUAACCUGUCUUUUUCUCAGCAAUAUACCCGAUACUGUACAAUGGUUAGAUAACAGUGAAAAACAGCUUUUGACAAAUCUUCUCCGACACGAUGCAGGCAUAUCCGAUGGUGAAAAUGUUCGACUUUCAUGGCGACAAGUAUUCUAUGUUUUUAUCGAUUGGCGAAUCUAUUUGUAUGCACUGAUUAAUAUUGGUAUUUUGGGUGUUAUCAAAUAUAUAAAUGCGUUUCUUCCAUUGCUGGUCGAAAAUAUGGGUAAAUCGAAAGCUGAAGCACAUUUAAUGACAGCACCACCUUACGUUUUCGCAUUUGUGUGUUGUUUAUUGGUUAAUUAUUCGUCGUCGCGAAGAAAUGAGCACGGCUUUCAUCUCAUAUUUUGUCUAUCUAUUACUUUAGUCGGCUUUAUUCUUAUGCUCACUCUGAUCGAUCGAGGCCAAGCGGCGCGAUAUGUCAGUAUUUGUAUUGCUUCUUGUGGCAUAUCCUCGGCAUAUCCUUUGUUAAUCUCUUGGUUAACAAAUAAUGUCGGCGGGCAUACCAAGAGAUCCAUCGCUAUCGGCUUUGUUGUGGGUAUUGGUCAAAUUGGUGGAAUUAUAUUGCCUUUGGUGCAUUAUGAUGAGUCAACCAAUCGACGUAACAAUUUUAUUUAUAUUGGAAUAGUGGCGGCUAGUUUGGUUCUUGUCAUUAUUUUACGCAUCUGUUUGAUGUUGGAGAAUCGUUGGCGAGAUAAUUUAUCAAGGGAGAAGUAUGAUCGUGUAGCAGCUAUCAAAGAGUCUUGCGAUUGGCAUCCCCAAGUACGGUACGUCUUAUGA